ACCGGAUGGGCCCAUGGCUAUUCAUCGUGCCUUGUACGGAGGUUUAAAAUACUUCCAUGAGAAAUUUCUAUCCAGAGUAGCCAUGACGUUAUCACAGCUGUGCAUAAUGUUGCCACCGUCAAAUUACUGGGCCACAGGCACUCAUGGAAACGAUCCAAGGUCAACCAACCUUGCGUACUCACGUAGUAGGUCCGAGCUGUCAACAAGUUCUUGCGAUCGUCACGCUGGUCGCCGUCUGUUUAUUAACGGUGCCAGCCCGAAAUUUGGAAAACCUAGCCUUCAACAUUCCAAAUCCUGGCAGUCCCCCUUUUGUCGCUAAUUCCUCGCGAAGUAGAAUUUGUGAAGCCUUUUUCAUUGCUUGUAGAAGUGACCUUCUCGUUCUUAUUCUACAAUCCAAAUCGUCUAUGGUACCAUGCCUGUCCAGCCAGCAGAGCAUAUUUCGUCUAGCACUGGCACUACUCGACACCCUGUCGAGUUUCAAUGCUGUAUAUCACAGGAUGGCACGCGUCGCAAACCAGCUGCAACUGCCAAAUCACUUCCCCCCUCUCAACUCGACACCAUUUCGCAGAAGGCUAAAUCACAGACAAUUUGUGACGGUCCUCUCCCCACUACUGCAAGGCUGAGCCGAGUAUUUUCUUUCCCUCAAUUGGGCACGAAUACCAACAAGUCAAGGAACAUUAUUCCAGUGAUCCCGACUCAAUCCGAUAGCAUUUUUGUCAGCAGUCGCAGUAAACGAUUGGUUCGACAUCCCUCGCGAAAUCCCUCGCGACAUUUAUCAUCAAUGUCAACUUUCGCUCAGACACCCUCCUCGCAGCAUGCUACCCCCUUCACUAGCACACUACCUCGAACACCUUCGAUGUGCGUUACGGACAUAGCAUCAAAGAGGCCCACAAAUAAAACAUCCUGUUCACUCCCAAUCUCUGUUGAAGAUGAAACGGACGAGGAAAGUGAUGAUACAGUUGCACGUUAUCGGAAAAUAAGGCAACUGCAAAUGGCCAGGUUGGCUAAACUGACUCGUCACUUGGGCGAGGAUAUUCCGCCGGAGUUGGUUUUAUCUUCCACUCUUCCAACAAAUAUACUCGAAUCCGGGAGUCUGGUAGAAAGCCUUUCAAUACAUUCAAGUAAGGACCACCGGAGAUGGCGGAGUUUGGACCCCACAGAAGACUCCCAAUCGACACCAGCACUUCCAAGCUCGUGCAAGCUAAGGAAGAGUAUGUCACUGCGUGACACACAAGGCGUUUUGCGACUGCAAACCCGCAGUGAGCAUGCCGUCAAUGUCAUAGACGGGAAGCUUCCGUAUGUUUUGCACCCUCCACAGACAGAGGGAGAUCUCCUUCAACAUUCACAACCCACAGGCUGUAUCGCGGCUUCCAUAUACGGACACAGUGAUGUUUAUCAUUCGUUGAUGUCGACUCCAAAUGCUCCCUAUGGUUCUCAGGAUUCUUUACAUCCACUUCCUCCUACAUUGUUACCCACCUCGACACCUAAGCGAUCGCAAUUUCAUGGGAACCCGGUCACGGCCGAGUCGACCCUUGACAAAAUCUCAAAUAUGGAGUGCAGAGAAAAAAAACCAGACAAGUUUCUUGGCGUCGGCAUCAACCCUGAGUCAAUAUCUCUAACAGAUCGAUCACUAUACCCAACCGACGUAGCAGUUGGCAUCCGUCACUCCUUAACACAAAUCCCCCCAUGCUCUCAGCUCGAAGUCAAGGUGCAAAUCAGCAAAAGGACUCGUUUCUGGCGGACGAAAUUCGGGAAGGAUGUGGUGGAUGUGGUGCAGAGCACUAAUCCUGGCGAUAUUGCGAAGCAGCUGAGGGAGAUGAAAGCUUCUAUAUGAUAAAAACACUUAUGUAGACCUCUUAAAGUUGAUGGUCUGUACUUUCUAGUUUACAUUACUUGCCUGCGAUCACGCAUUAUUCCUUAGGUUAUGGGAUGGUUUAUAUAAUAAUUUCAUCUGUC